AGAAAUUUAAUUUUAUUCUCCCCAUGGUUGUUAAAGAAGUGCAUCACACUGUAUCUAGGAAACUGCAUUGUAGUGCUAUUAAUACAUUUCUCAGAACUCUUAAUUAAGUGUUGAUACCUGGUGUUUCUCAUCAUAGUUAAGUCCCCUGGAGAUAAUAAAACAAUCCUCUUGGGAAGUAGUUCUGUUUUCAGCAUCUUCUCACUAGAGCAAGCAGAAUUCUGUUUGCAGAGGAUCUUUGAACUGUUAGGAUGAUACCAGUUGAUGAUUUAGUCAACAUUGUGGAUUAAAAGAAAAAAAGUCAGGUCUUCUCACUAAAGACCCCUUGAAGGUUUUCUGAAAGCCUAAUGACUUAAACUGAAGAGAGAAGGACACUUGGGAUGAGUGAUUUGCCAUAUACCAUGAAGCCAUCUGCAGAUGUGCUAGAGAUCACUGCAUGUACCAUUCUAAUUCUUGUGAGCUUUGUUGGAAACACUUGUUUAUUUUAUUCUACGAGGAAGUGUAUCACCAGGCGCUUACAGACAUCCUUUCUUCUAAUUUUCAGUCUCAUAUUUGUCCACCUUAUUAAAAACUUGGUGGUGAACAUCAUGAAAAUUAUUUAUUCUUCUGGUUUCAUGUUGGAUUCUGCCGGCUGCAAAGUUCUACACUUCACAGCAGCCCUGACUACAUCACUGGCCAUCUGGUUCCUGUCACACUUUGCUUUACUUUUCCACUGUAAGCUUUACCAAGUUGUCCACCCCUUAAGUGAGCUUCCAAACCUGGACUGUCAGAAGCAUUCCUUGAAGGUAGUUUCUGCUCUUUGGGUGGCUGGUGUGGCGGUGUACAUCCCGGUCUUAAUUUAUACUAGAAAAGUAGAAUACCUGAAUGUAGGAAAUGAUACAGACACCUUGUCUACUAAUAGGAUAUACACAGAUUGCCUAACUGACUUUGGAAACAGGCAGAUAGAAUUUUACUAUGGGAAAAUAUUUCUGGCUCUUAUUGAUAUUCUUCCUUUAGCCAUCUUAGUCUUUGUCUGUUUCUGUAUGUCUUUCCUCCUUUGGGAGAGAAAGACGAUGACAUAUGGUGACAUCUGGAUUGGAGAAGAUGAUUCAGAAAUUGAAAUCUUUAGAGGGGCCAAGUACAGUAUUUUAUUAAUGUUGCUGAUCACUCCACUUUGGAUUUCUCACUUUAUCUUAGUCUAUUUCUUGAAAGACUUGGCAGUGUAUGUCUUUAUUCCAGCUGCUCUCACAGCCCUCUCUUCAGGCUUCUCUGCACUCAGUCCUUUCCUGCUAAUGUUGGUUAAUUACAAAGUGAAGUUGGUGUCCUCGUGUGGUGCCAAAGAGAAAAUAUCCACACUACAGCCUGCUAAUGUUGUUCUUUCUCCGUACACUUAA